CAGUAUAUAUUUGUAUUUAUUCUAUGUUUAAAAAACUUGUCUGAUAUGCAUAUCUCACCAUCUACUCCUUUUCUUUACAGUGAUCUAAAGCCAGAAAAUAUUCUAUUGGACGACGACUGCCAUGCUAAAAUUGCCGAUUUGGGCUUGUCAUUUUUCAAUGUCUCAGAACACAGAAGAGUUACAGGAUGUAACGGGACCAUCUCUUAUAUGGCCCCAGAGGUUAUUCGAGGUGAUCCAUACUUUACCGUGGCUGAUUAUUUCUCACUGGGAAUAAUAGUAUACGAGAUGGCUUUAGUCAUAUCCCCAUUCUAUUCCCGCCAGAAGACCAAAAGGGAAUUGCUGACAACAAUUCUUACCAAGAAGGUUUAUUAUCCGCUGGAAUUCAACCAUCAUCUCCGUGACCUCAUAGAGAAGCUCUUACAUUUAGACCAAGAAAAACGAAAAGACCUAGUAAAGGACCUCAGAGGGCACCCGUUCUUCAAGAACAUCAACUGGGCCGAGUUAGAGAAAAGACCAUCACCCCCGGAAAUUCUAUUUGGAUCUUAUUUUUAAGUAAAGGCUGAAUGAAGGAAGAGACGUGGCGAAGACCUGAACACUGAUAGUACCAGAGGAAAGUUUCCAAGGCUUUACAUAAGAGGAGGGGUGGUGAGAUCCAGGGGUCAAGUCCUGGGAAAAAAAGUGUGGGAACUCACCCAAGAUUACCCACCUCAAAAAUACAAAAA